AUGGCGGUAAAUGUAGAGGCUGUUAACCGGGCAUGGAAUGUGAUAUGCGAAUCUCUUACACCAGGAAAGACUCCAAGAUCUCUCAGUAACUCUGAAGUAGAAUUCCAAAAUUCUAUUCAGAUUUUGAUUCAACAUAGUCUUGGUCAUAUUAUUGAAGAAUGGUUUCUGGAAAACCUGCAGCAGUACUUACGGCUACAAGUAGUUUCAAAAUUUUGGUCAUAUUUUGAGCCAUCUUCCAACAGUGACAUUGCUGUGGAUUGUACAGAACAAUUAUCACAAGCUGUGGAAUAUCUCCACACUGUUGUGUCAGAUUAUGUCCCAUGCUUCAAUAGACUAGAGUCUGUUAGCCAGCUGAGUCAGUGCCGUAAGCCAUCAUUGUUGAUCCAUGCAGGCUCACUGUCCAGCACAUUCAUAUUGUUGAUCAAGGCUGUGGUGUUUAACUUGAUCCCACGUACAUUCAAGGAUGCAGUGGAUGUGUUCUACUCACAGGCAUUCAAAGUCUUUCACCACAGUAGUUCAGAAGAGGAACAAGAUGAUGAUGAAGAAUUGGCAGGUUGUAAGGGGUGUGGUCAGGGCAUUGACAGAUGUCGAUGUCAGGAAAUCAUGGUCAGAUUCCACAAGCUUAAUGCAAAGCUAGAUGACAUUGGGAUAUUGGAGCGUGUAUCAGGGUCAGCUGUCACAGCCAUUGUGCAUGAGAGAAUUAAGCAACAUGUAGAGAGUACAUGUAAAGGGAACUUUGAAACAUCUUACCUGGAAAAUCUCCAAAGUUGGUUGGAAACAAAAGUGCUAGGCUGGCUCCAUCUUGUGUAUUCCGAUGAAAGACGUCACACAACUGCAGACUGCAUUUCAGGAUUUAAAGGCAGGCUUCUCCAUUUCUUAUUUGAGACAUUUGCCAAAACACAGAUUGAUCAGCUGUUCAACAUUAUCAUAGAGUACCCGGAGUCAGAACCUGCUAUAUUAGAUCUGAAAGUUUGUCUGGAGAAAACAGAUCAGCGACCUCAUCUGGUUACUUCACUGAAAUCAGCAUUGGAGACCAGACUACUGCACCCAGGUGUGAACACUUCUGAUAUUCUCACUGCGUACAUUGCUGCUAUCCGUGCUCUCAGAGUGCUCGAUCCUGCAGGAGUGAUUUUAGAACUUGUUUGUGAUCCCGUCAGAAAAUAUCUUCGGUCUCGAGAUGACACUGUACGCUGCAUUGUCUCUAACCUUACUGAUGAUGGGAGCAAUGAGUUAUUAGAUGAACUCAUUAAAGGUCAACCCCUCCUUCUCGAUGAGGGUUGCCAUAGUGAUGAUGAAGAUGAAGAUUGGGAAAAGUGGAUCCCAGAUCCUGUUGAUGCUGAUCCUUCGACAACGUCCAAGAGUAGACGAGCAUCUGACAUCAUUAGUAUGUUGGUGAACAUCUAUGGCAGUAAAGAAUUGUUUGUGAACGAGUACCGAACUUUGUUGGCAGACCGCAUUCUCACACAGUUUAAUUAUGACAUAGAGAAAGAGAUCCGCUACCUUGAGUUGCUCAAACUGCGGUUUGGUGAAGCACAACUCCACUAUUGUGAAGUCAUGCUGAAGGAUGUUGCCAACUCUAAACGUCUCAAUUCUCGAGUGGUUGAAGAGAGGUCGAAAGGCACACCACAGGAGAUUGAAGUGAAUGCUAUGAUCCUAUCGGCCCAGUUCUGGCCAGCAUUCCGGGAGGAGAAAAUAGCACUGCCAGAUAUAAUGCAGAACUCUCUAGAAUGUUACACUAAAGUAUAUGAAACGCUGAAAGGCAACCGUACUCUCAACUGGAAGCCUCACCUUGGUUUGGUGAAUGUAGACAUAGAAUUAAAAGACAGGACCUUGACCUUCAAUGUAUCGCCUGUCCAUGCUGCUAUUAUAAUGCAGUUUGAAAAUCAAGCUCGUUGGACCAUAGAGGAUCUUAGCAAUGUACUACAGAUGCCUGCCACAGCACUGCGGAGGAAGAUAGCAUAUUGGCAGACACAGGGACUACUCAAAGAGGAGACUACAGAUACCUUCAUCCUCAUUGAGGAACACAAAGGACGUACACAUGACGUCAUCAUCACUGAUGAUGAUGAGGCAGAAUCAGCUAUGGCAUCAGCCCAUGCUCAAAGGGAAGAGGAGUUACAGGUUUUCUGGUCCUAUAUAGUUGGUAUGCUAACAAACCUGGAGAGUUUGCCCUUGGAGAGAAUACAUAGCAUGUUGCGUAUGUUUGCCAUGCAGGGACCGUCCGCACUAGAAUGUAGUGUACCAGAGCUGAAAGAAUUUCUCGACAGAAAAGUCAAGGAACAAAAACUUAUAUAUUCUGCAGGAGUGUACAGAUUACCCAAACCAAGCUGAUCAAAACUAUCUACAAAAUCUAAUUGUGAUGUGUAGACUGAGCUAGCAACAGCUCUGUUACACAGAUAAAUGACUGCAGACUAGUUUAGCUCUCAGUCUGUUUAAUCUUUCCCAGCCAAUCAGUUGACAACAAAGCAUUAUGUUGCUCUUUGUAUAUACUGCACAGAAAGUAGCAUGAGGUUGACUAAGCUGAAUAUUAACCAGAUAACAAGUCUGUUAUUUGUGGAGACUUCUCUCUGUGAACCAACCUAUGGUGUAAGACGGUAUGAUCAAUGAGAACAAGAACCAACCUAUGGUGUAAGACAGUAUGAUCAAUGUCAGAUGUACUGAAGUGUUGUUCAGAUGUCUUACACUAGAAUAUGUCAGAUGUACUGAAGUGUUGUUCAGAUGUCUUACACUAGAAUAUGUCAGAUGUACUGAAAUGCUGUCCAGAUGUCUUACACUAGAAUAUGUCAGAUGUACUGAAGCGUUGUCCAGAUGUCUUACACUAGAAUAUGUCAGAUGUACUGAAGUGUUGUUCAGAUGUCUUACACUAGAAUAUGUCAGAUGUACUGAAGUGUUGUU